GGCGCAAAAACCACAGCCUCUUCCGGGUUCCAGAGUCUCAUUUCGCAAAAGAAGAAAAUCCGGUGGGUUCCCAGAGUGACAAUGGCUACCUACAGCCUGGCAAACGAGCGACUACGCGCCCUAGAAGACAUCGAAAGGGAAAUCGGUGCCAUUCUUCAAAAUGCAGGUACAGUGAUCCUGGAACUUUCCAAGGAAAAAACCAAUGAGCGGCUGCUAGACCGGCAGGCGGCGGCCUUCACCGCGUCGGUUCAACAUGUGGAGGCGGAGCUGUCGGCUCAGAUCCGUUAUCUCACUCAGGUGGCCACAGGGCAGCCCCAUGAGGGCUCCAGCUACUCUUCAAGGAAGGACUGCCAGAUGGCCCUGAAGCGAGUGGACUAUGCUCGUCUUAAGCUCAGUGAUGUGGCCCGGACCUGUGAGCAGAUGCUGGAAAACUAGGCCAAGUCAGUGGAGAGGUUGGAGGGAGACCAGCACCUGCAUCCCGGGACAGAAGUGGAGACCUGCAGGAUGGCGAACAUGGGCUGCCACGUACAUGCUGGUCAGACAAAGGGGCAAAAGGAAAAACUUAAAGACCAAGCCUGCCCAUAACUACUUGUCACUCCUCCAGGAGGGUGCUCCUGCUCUGCACUUCACAACAGUGCUGAUGAGCUCAAACAGGAAAGAUGGAAAUUCGGACACCCAACCUACUUCCUCAUGCACUUCAUGUCCCUGUCCCAGGCUUCCGCGGACUUGGGCCAGUGAACACACAUUUAUCUUCAUUGGAAGAGACAAAACAAGAACUAAGGGUUUUAAUAAUAAAAACAAUAACAAUAAAAACAAGGAGCUCAGCCUUUCACUGGGGCAUAUAUGAGUGAUGCAACAGAUUAAGGAAGUAAAACUAGACUGUAUGGCAGCUGCUGAGGGAAGGUGGGAAACUCCAAGCCUUCACUGUGGGUUCAGGGGAAGAAGCAGGAGAAGGCUAAAAUUAGGAGGAAUAGCUGGUAUAUUGUGAACAGUGACUUGGAAGAGGGGUGGGCAGAACAGGACCAUCAGCAGAGAAGCUGAAGCCAGGAAUCAUCAUAGGGGAACAAAGGCAUGAGGCCAGUGUAUGCAAAAAAAAAGUCUAAUUAUAAAAAUAAUUUUUAGUAAAAAAUUUAAGAUUUACUCAGUAUAAAAGGUAGAUAUUACAUUAUAACAUAGGAAGAAAAAAAAAAGGAAUGGUCUCAGGGCAGUGGCUAGUUAUUUACAUAUUAACCAUUAACAAGUAUGUACAAAGUGCCUACCAUGUUCCAGAGAUUGAUUGAGUGCAUUAAAUGUGUAUGAUUCUAAAUAAAUCACAAUCUCUAUA